AUGAGCUAGAAUAAAAAUCAAUAUAAAAAAGAAGAAUAUCCCUUAAAAACCUCUAAAAGAAAGAGGGAAGCAUUUGAGGAAGGAUAAGCUGAGUCAAAGAUGAUUGAAGAAGAUGAUGGAAAAUCAAGUAAAAAAUAACAAGACAAAAACGCUAAGCAAAAGAGGAAAGUUAGCAUAUUCUGGUUUAGAAGAGAUCUUAGAUUAAACGAUAACACUGCUUUAUAUAACGCCUUAAAGUCUCAAAAUGAAGUUGUACCUUUGUUUAUUUUUGACACUGAAAUUUUAGACAAAUUAGAAGAUAAAAAAGACGCUCGAGUUGAAUUCAUACACUUAUAUAUUAUGAAAAUCUAAGAAUAACUAAAAUAAGUUGGAUCUACCCUAAUUGUGAAACAUGGUACAGUUGACAAUGCUUUUAAAGAGCUUGUUUCGGAGUUUGAUAUUUAAAGUGUUUAUGUAAAUAGAGAUUAUGAAUCUUCUGCUAAAUAAAGAGAUGAAAGGAUUAAAAAAUAUGUCAAAUAAUCAGCAAAUGCUGAGUUUUACGAUUUUAAGGAUCAAGUUAUUUUUGAAGCCAGUUCAACCAAUAAAGAUGGAUCACCUUAUAAAGUUUUCACACCAUAUAGCAAAAAAUGGCUGAGUAUAUUGACUUCAGAAGACUACUCUUGUAGACCUUCUGAAUCAUUAAUGGAAAAAUUUUGGAAAUCUCCUGAAAGAAAAGUUAUGAGUUUAGAAGAAAUUGGAUUUGAGAAAGCAGGAAUUCCUUUUCCAUCUGUUGAGUUGAAUGAAAAAAUUGUUAAGAAUUAUGAUAAGACUCGUGAUACACCUUCAAUAGAAGGUACCACGAGAAUGAGUGUUCAUUUAAGAUUUGGUACAGUUUCAAUUAGGGAUUUAGUUAGGAGAUCAAAAGGUUUAAAUGCUACAUAUCUAAAUGAACUUAUAUGGCGUGAUUUUUAUAUGAUGAUUUUAGAUUAAUUUCCACAUGUAGAGAACAAUAAUUUUAAACCAGCAUAUGAUAAACUAGUUUGGAGAAAUAAUGUAGAUGAAUUUAUGGCUUGGUGCGAAGGCAAAACAGGAUAUCAUUUGGUUGAUGCUGGAAUGAGAUAAUUAAAUUAGACAGGUUAUAUGCAUAAUAGAGUUAGAAUGGUUGUAGCAAGCUUCUUAACAAAGCAUUUAUUAAUUGAUUGGAAAUGGGGUGAAAGAUAUUUUGCCUCUAAACUUUUAGAUUAUGACUUAUCUGCAAAUAAUGGUGGAUGGCAAUGGGCAGCAGGAACAGGUACAGAUGCUUAACCUUAUUUUAGAAUAUUUAAUCCUGAUAGCUAAUAAAAAAAAUUUGAUCCUAAUUAUACUUAUAUUAAAACAUGGAUAAAAGAUUUAAAUACUAAAACAUAUCCCAAGCCUAUUGUUGACCAUAAAUUGGCAAGAGAGCGUUGCUUAUAAGCUUUCAAAAAAGCUUUAGGAUAAUGA